CUGUGUGUUUGGCUUCAGCUGCACGGGAAGAAACGGGAGAACCGACUGGAAGCUGCUCGUCCGUGAAGCCCUGCAGCCGGCACCUCACGUUCAGCCGGCUUACUCACCGCCCCCCAACAAAGAAAUGGCCCGCUCGAAGCAGUAAAAUGUGGAAAGCUCUACCUGCGUUGUUGUGAACCCGCAGGGAAUCGGACACAAUCAUCCUCCUCUUCGUCAUCAGCGGUGCGUCGCAGGACGCCGUGGCUUUGCAACAAGGACCAUGUGGUGGGCCUGGCCGUUCCUGCCCGCUCUGGUGCUUCUCUCCGAGCUCUCGGUGGUGAGAGUCCAGACCGCGCCGUGCCAGACCUGCCGAAAACUCACCGAGAGUUUCAUUAAGGGCUUGGAGAGGACGGCCACCAAGAACUUCGGGGGCGGAAACACCGCCUGGGAAGAAGAAAAGCUGGCGAAGUAUGCAAGCAGCGAGACCCGGCUCCUGGAGAUAGUGGAAGGCGCUUGUGAGAAAGCGGACUUUGAAUGCAACCAGCUGCUGGAGGAGAUAGAGGACCAGGUGGAGACCUGGUGGUUCCACAGGCAGCAGGAGGCACCGGACCUGUCUGAGUGGCUGUGCAUAGAGGAGCUGAGAGUCUGCUGUCCACCCGGGAGCUUCGGACCGGACUGCAAAGAGUGUCCCUCGAGCCCCGGCGGUGUGUGCGGGGGUCUGGGCCGCUGCGAGGGGGAGGGCACUCGCCUCGGAGACGGGGAGUGCGUCUGCGACCCCGGAUACUCGGGCCGCCUGUGCCACAGCUGUGCCGACGGCUACUACAGAGAGAAAAGCUCCAACAACAGCGCGGGAGUCUGCGCAGCUUGCUACCACUCGUGUAAGAAGUGCGCGGGGCCGCAGGACUACAAGUGCCUGGACUGCAAACCGGGCUGGAUCCUUCACGACAACAAGUGCGUGGAUAUCGACGAGUGCGGCACAGAGCUGGCUCGCUGUGCCUCGAACACUUUCUGUCACAACACGGAAGGAUCCUACGAGUGCAGAGGCUGUGACCAGGCGUGCGUGGGCUGCAUGGGCAGCGGUCCGGCCCGCUGUAAAAAAUGCGCGCGUGGCUACAAACUGAGAGGGGCGAAGUGUCUCGACGUGGACGAGUGUCGAGAUCAGGCGAUCGCGUGCCCGGGACUCAACGAGGCGUGCAUCAACGAGGAGGGCUCCUUCCGCUGUGACUGCGCCGACGGCUUCAUCAGAAGAGACAGCAUCUGUGUCGAGAACAAGGCUUCUACCGACACGGAGAAGGGUCUGUUCGACGACAUGACGGACGACGAGGUCCUCGUCCUGCAGCAGAUGUUCUUCGGCAUCGUGAUCUGCGCCAUCGCCACGCUCGCCGCCAAGGGCGACAUGGUCUUCACGGCCAUCUUCAUCGGAGGCGUGGCCGCCAUGGCCGGGUACUGGCUGACGGAGAAGGGCGACGUGAUGCUGGACGGAUUCAUAAAGGGACGCUAGGCCACAACCGGGCCGUUAUUUUUAUUUUUUUUCAAGGUGAACGUGACUCAACGGCGGGAAACUAUCCCUGCGGUGCCGGCCGUUCAGGGAUUUACUUGGGGAGUUACUCGAAGGGGGCUCGGGUUGAUUUUAAGUUGACGAAUUAGGGCAACGCGGGAAAAGGAGGGAGAACUUUGGAAGGCCGCGAAGAGGAAUAGCGACGCUGCACUGACAUUACGGAACCGGACUGUAUCCCCUCUGGGCCGCUAAAGGGGUGUGACAUGAAGACCACUACUGAUUGUUUAAACCUAUUAUGCAUUUUGGAUGUCUCAUGUGGGCUCGAUGUUGAAACAAUGUCGUUUUUCUUCCACACAAUGGAAAAACCUCCCGUCAUCGCGUCCGCCAUGUUUUUUUUCUCCCUUCUCCAUGACCUCAGUGCCGCGGAGCAGAGGGGUUUCCCAUCGACUGGAGGCUGUCGGGCCACCGCGACUCUCACGAUCCUUGCAGCGGACACGUGGUUAGAUGAGGGAUUUAACAUUUAAAAUUGUCCUCAAUUCCCCCCCCCCCCCCCCCUCUCUAAAAGAAAGCCAAUUGAAACUCUGGGAUAAUUCCACAACGAGCCAUUGUGUUUGAUGUUUAUGUUUUACGGAAUGACUUUUUACCUCCUUCCUUUACUGGAUGAUUAUUAUUUUUAGUAAUAUAAUGCAUGGAAAUAGGAUUUUAACUAAUAGGUACUCCACCUUUUUUUAUUUAUUGUAUUUAUUUAUUGGCUUACUUUGGCAUGGAAGACUGUUUGGAGCGCCGACAGUCCGGCUGUGAGGGAAUCCACAUCUCGUGCUUGACUACCAGCUCUGAUCUGGAUGAUUUUAAAGCCAUUGUCUGUUCCCCUUCAUUUAUUUAUUUUGAAAGCAAUAUUUGGAAGAUAUUUAUCAUAUUUUGCUCUAGGCAUUUCCCUUGUGUGUAUUUUCAAUGCACAAAAUGUUUUUAAUUCUAGCGGGUACAGUAGCGUCAUGUUAGAGAAAGCCACGGAAGCAUCACUUCACCGUCUACUUUGACUUGUUUUUCUUUGUGGAAAGUUUUCUAGUCGUCAUACAUAUAUAUAUAUAUAUAUAUAUAUUUUUUGCGUUACAAUAAAAAGUCUCACUACUCAUGUUUUAAAUUGUAA